UCCGCGGGCGCGGAGCGGCGGCGGCGGCGGCAGCAGCAGCAGCAGCAGCAGCGGCGGGACCGGCGGCCGAGGAGGAGGAGGAGGACGGGGCUGGGCGCCCGGCUCGCCGCUCUUCCUGCCGGGGACGUACACACUCGUUCAUGCACGAGCGCUUUUCUUUUUUUUUUUUUUUUUUUUUUUUCCCGGGGAUUUUUUUCCAUCAUUAUUAUUAUUUUUUCCUUCUUUUUCCUUUUUUUUUUUUCCUUCUUUUUUUUUCUUCCCCCCCUCCGAGGGGUUUUCUUUUCGCUCAGUACCUCGCAACUGCCAAAUCCUACCUGCACAAACUCCUGGCCGCCGACCCCGCCACCACGAGUCCUGGAGCCGGCGUUUUCGGGGUUUGGGGGGCGCGCCGCCUGCCCCCCGCCCCAUUCCCCGUCCCCUGCGGCCGUGCCCAGCGCUGAGAGACUCUCCUGAAACGCCGGAGGCAGGCGGAAAGCACUUGUGAACUGGACCAGCUGCUUCGGGGAGGGGGGAGACCCGAGGUGGUGGUGAGGAAAAAAAGCAGACCGACACCCCCCCGCCCCUCCAAAAAAAAAAAAAAAAAAAAAAAAAAAAAAACCAACCAAACCAGCCCAAAACGCCCCGAGAGGAAAACAAAACAAAAAAAAAAAAACCCAAAAAAAAAAAGCCAAACUUGGACGGGCGGCUCGCGGCGCUGCUUUUGCAGAAACUCCGUCUGACCGCCGGCGGCCCCGCUGCCGCCGCCGCCUCGAGGGGGAGAGGACCGCGCCGCCGGGGACGAGGCGCCGGUGUGGAAGUACGAGCGGUGCGGGGAGCGGGGGCGCGGCCGCGGGGGGCUGCGCGGCCCCGGUGCCGCUGUGAGAAGAAGUUGCGCGCCCUGCCCCGCGCCGGAGCGGCGCUGAGCCCCGGCGAGCCCCCCCCCCGCCGCCGCCGCCGCGAUGGUGCAGCAGACCAACACGGCGGAGAACACGGAGGCGCUGCUGGCCGCCGAGACCUCCGACUCCGGGGCCGGCAUCGAGCUGGGCAUCGCCUCCUCCCCGACGCCGGGCUCCACCGCCUCGACGGGGGGCAAGGCGGACGACCCGAGCUGGUGCAAGACGCCCAGCGGGCACAUCAAGCGGCCCAUGAACGCCUUCAUGGUGUGGUCGCAGAUCGAGCGGCGGAAGAUCAUGGAGCAGUCCCCCGACAUGCACAACGCCGAGAUCUCCAAGCGCCUGGGCAAGCGCUGGAAGCUGCUCAAGGACAGCGACAAGAUCCCCUUCAUCCGGGAGGCGGAGCGGCUGCGCCUCAAGCACAUGGCGGACUACCCCGACUACAAGUACCGGCCCAGGAAGAAGGUGAAGUCGGGCAACAGCUCCGCCAAACCCGGCGACAAGGCGGACAAGGGCGGCGGGGGCGGGGGCAGCCCCGGCGGCCCCGCGGCCCCCGCCAAGCCCGCCCCGAAGAAGGGCGGCGGCGGCGGCGGCGGCUCCUCCAAGCCCUCCCCCGCGGCCGGCGGCGGCGGUGCGGGCGGCAAGCCCCACGGCAAGGCGGCGGCGGCGGGGGCGGGCGGCAAGGCCGCCCCCUUCCCCGGGGAGCCGCCGGCCGCGCUGCUGCCGCCCGAGCACCAGGCGCUGUACAAGCCCCGGGGGGCGGCGGGCGCGCCCUCGGGCCCCGGCAAGCCGCUGGCCGAGAAGAAGCUGAAGCGGGUCUACAUCUUCGGGAGCGGGCAGGCGGCCGCCGCCGCCGCCUCCUCCUCCUCCUCCUCCGCCGCCGCCUCCCCCGGCGGCGGGGGCGCGGUGCCCGGCAGCCCCACGCUGAGCAGCUCGGCGGAGGCCGGCGACCCCUUGAGCCUGUACGAGGAGGGGGGCGGCGGGGCGGGCCGGCCCGACGGGGACUGCGGCGGGGCCGCCUGCCCCUCGCCCUCCGGCUCCGGUUCGGGCUCGCCCUCGGAUCACCGCAGUUACACCAGCCUGCGCGCCUCCUCGCCGGCCCCCUCGACGGCGCAUUCCUCCUCCGCGUCCUCCCACUCCUCCUCCUCCUCUUCCUCCUCCGGCUCCUCUUCGUCGGACGACGAGUUCGAGGACGACCUCUUGGACCUCAACCCCAGCCCCGGCUUUGAGAGCAUGUCCCUGGGCAGCUUCAGCUCCUCGGUGCUCGACCGGGACCUGGAUUUUAACUUCGAGCCCGGCUCGGGCUCGCACUUUGAGUUCCCGGACUACUGCACGCCGGAGGUAAGUGAGAUGAUCUCGGGGGACUGGCUGGAGUCCAGCAUUUCCAACCUGGUCUUCACUUACUGAGGCGAGAGCCGGGCCCCGCUGGAGGAGGCACAGACGCGCGUUGUCGGCAGGACUCGCCCGCCCCGCCCGGGCGCUUUUCUUUCUGGGUUCGGUUUGGGUUGGGGUUUUGGGGAGGGAGGGGGGGGGGGGGGGGGUUGUUUGUUUUUUUUUUUUCUUUUUUUUCUUUGCUGGGAAGGGGCCGGUGAGACUGCUUCUUGCGCUCGGGGAGAGCGGCGGCGGGAGCGGGAUCGCCCUCUCCUUGCAGAAGGGGCAGCAGCCCCCCCUUCCUCCGGCUGGAGACGGACCCGCACACCCCCCCCAUCCGAGAGACGAGCCUGACGUUUGCUUUUUCAGAGACCGGCGGGAGCGAAACGCUGGCUUUUUCCUUUUCCCUUUUUCUUUCCCGAAAAGAGAGACAGGAGGGGGGAAGGGGGGCGGGGGGGGGGAACCGCACACACACCUCUGGGUUCUUUGUUAUUGCCCACUUUAUACGACUCAAGAGGAGGGGGAGCGAUGCCUUGUGCUGAGCGCGCACUGGAUGUCUUGAGCAUUCGCCCUUUUCGUGUGAAAGAGCGAUCAGAACUGCUUGGAAAAAAAAAAAAAAGGAGAAAAAACCCAAACAAACAGGAAAAAAAAAAAAUAUCCACCCAAGCCCUUGCAAGGUUCACGUUUUGGGGGGAGGAAUCCCGUCCCGGUUUCUUCUGCGGUGAGAGGAGGCGACGACGAUGGGAGGAGGAGGAGGAGGAGGCGGAUGGAGCUGGACUGAGAUCCUAGUUAAGAGGAGAAGAGCCAGACUUACACUUGAGAGCUGUCUUGGAAAUACGGUGGGGGGAAGAUAAUAAUAAACUGAAACGGAUUUGCACGUACGGAUGAGGUGGCGGCAGCGCUUUUCUCAGUCACCUUAUGUCAUAUGUAGAGAAAAAAAAUAAGGCCGAAACUUCAAGAACACUGAAAACUUUUGCAACAGAGACGGAAUGGGAACAGUUUCUGUCAUGAUGUGGUACAGGGGAAAUGGAGGGCGAUGGCUUUUGCAAAAAAACCCGAAAAUACUAAAAAAAAAAAAAAAAAAAAAAAAAAGUAGUUUUUUUCUUCUUACUCAGAAUCGUGAUGGUGUUGGAUUAUUUCACUGGUGGGGUUUAAUAUAGCAUGUUAUCCUGUCUAUCUUUUUAAGAUUUCUGUAAGACUGUUGAACAGUUUAAAAAAAAUAGUGUUAGGAUAAUAUAAAAGCAGAUAGAUGGCGCUAUGUUUGAUUCCUACAAAAAAUAUCACCAGCUUUUUUUCAUUCUUAACUCUUUAAAGGAUUCAAACGCAACUCAAAUCUGUGCUGGACUUUAAAAAAAGAAAAUUCAGGACCAAAUUUUUUCUCAGAGUAUGUAUGUGUUUGUUCCUUAUAGCUGUAAAUGAAAAGACUGUUUUUUCUCACCGAUGCUCCAUCCUCGUAUUGGGUUUUUUUGGUUUUUUUUUCCUUGUAAAUGUAAUCGGAUGCCAUUUUAUAAGUGGACGUAUUUAUACUGGCCAAACAUUUUUGACUUGUAUUCCUUUGUCCUUUUUUGGUAGUUCUCGUUGUUACCCGCACCAUUUUUAUGUCUCCUUCACUGAAGGGCUAGAGUUUUAACUUUUAAUUUUUUAUAUUUAAAUGUAGACUUUUGACACUUUUAAAAACAAAAAGAGAAGAGAGAUGAAAACGUUUGAUUAUUUUCUCAGUGUAUUUUUGUAAAAAAUAUAUAAAGGGGGUGUAAAUCGGUGUAAAUCGCUGUUUGGAUUUCCUGAUUUUAACAGCAGGGCCGCUGGUUAGUAUCUCCCACGCGUGUGCGCGCUCUCACGCUCACUCACACUCUCACCCACCCACGAAUCAGCCCCUAUUUUGUCCAUGUUUACACUCCAAUCUGCAGGCAUCUUAAAGUGACAGCAUCCCUCACCGCCACCGCCAGUGCCCGCUCCGCAGCCCCCCGCCGUUCCGGGGGAGGGGGCGGGAGGGGAGGGGGGGGGCCGGGGGGAGCCGGAGGGGAAGGGAAAGACUGAGGCGUAUACACUGUAUGCUACCGUUUUGGGGAGAAACCUGUCCCGAAAUGAAGUAAAGCGACUGGUGCAUUUACACAGAAGGGAUCCUGUACCUUUAACUUGUAAACCACAUCUUUUUGCACUUUUUUUAGAAGCAAAAACGUGCCGUUUAAACCACUGGAUCUAUCUAAAUGCCGGUUUGAGUUCGCGACACUAUGUACUGCGUUUUUCAUUCUUGUAUUUGACUAUUUAAUCCUUUCUACUUGUCGCUAAAUAUAAUUGUUUUAGUCUCUUAUGGCAUGAUGAUAGCAUAUGUAUUCAGGUUUAUAGCUGUUGUGUUUAAGAUGAAGAAAGUGAAAACAUCUUUGUACAUUUAAGUCUGUAUUAUAAUAAGCAAAAAAGAAGAUUGUGUGUUUAUGUAUGUUAAUAUAACAUGACAGGCACUAGGACGUCUGCCUAAUGAGGUGGUUCCGUUAAGGGUUUAACUUUUUUUGUUCUUUUUGUUAUUUUUUUGGUCAUCCAUCCUGUGCAAUAUGCUGUGUAGAAUUUUUUUUUUUUUUUUUUUUUUUUUUUUUUUGUCUAACGAUCACCCACAACGCAACGUUGGGAAAGGA